GCGGGACGGCGAGAGCAGAGCGCGAAAACGGCAAAGAGGAAGAGAGAGAGGGGGCGGCCGCAAAAGGGGCGGGGCGCACGGAAAAAGGGGAGGAGGGGAAAAGACGGAGGCAGGGGCACGAGCGGCGGGAAAGGACGAAAGGGGGGAAGGCAGCACAAAGGGGCCGAGCCAAAGGAGGGAAGCGAAGACCGCGACCCCACGAGAGCCAAAGGCGCCACGAAGAGGCCAAAGCCAAAAAGGGAGGGGACAAGGAAGAGAGAGGCGAAAGAACGGGGACAAGAGGGCCAAGGACAGGGGGGGCAAAAGCGGGCGAGGACACCAGAGGCCCAAAAAGGCGAAAGGGCACCACGAGCAAAAGAAAGAGGGGAGACACGCGAGGGAGCGGGGAAGGCGAGCGAACAAGAAAAAGACAACAAACGAACCAGGGCCAGGAAAGAGGGGCGAAGAGGGCAAAAGGCGACCGAACGAAAGCAGCACCGACAGGGAAGCGCGAGGGAGCAAAAGACGGGGAGAAAGCACGGAGCGGGGAAAGACCAGGACCCAGAAGGAAAGAGCGCGCAAAGGGGGACGCGGACGACCGACAAAGGGGAGAGGAAGGGGACCGCAAGGCGACGAGCAGAGAGAGCGAAGGACAGGAGCGACGGAGAAACGCGGGAGGGAGCGAAAGGCGGAGGAGGGCGAGAGGAAGACACGAAAGGAAGAAGAACGGGAGAACGAACAGCCGCAGGAGGGCGAACAACCGGCCGCAGCAAGGGCAGGAGGAAAGAAGGAGGGGGAGCGGACGAACAAGGGGCCGGAGGGGGGAGGAAAGGCAAGAAGGCAGGCGAAAGAACAAAGGAGCACCACAAGGAAAGGCGGGCGAGAGAGAAGAGAAGAGCAAGAAGGGAAGCGGCGAAGAGAACACAAAGGGGGGGACAAGGGGAGAAAGCCGGGACAGGGGAGGGCGAAGGGCCACACCCAAGGGGAACAAAAGGCGAAAGACGGCGAACGCGCCACCAGGGGAGGACAAGGCGAAAGAGAAAAAAGGCAAAAAGGACAAACGGAAGGCACGAAGAAGCGAGCCGCGAGAAGCAAGGGAAGCGAAGAAGCAGCGAGGGACGAGAGGAGGCAGCACAAGAAGACGAGAACGCGACGAGGUGAGGUGGCAAACAGCCGAACAGGAGGAAGGCGAGAGUGCGCGCGAAACCGACGAAGAGGGAGCGGCGAGGGCGGGAGGGCGGGAGGGCCGGGACACGCGGGCGAGACGCAAGAAGCAGGGCAAAGGCGAGGGAAGAGGGGCAAAAGGGCAGGGCCACGCAGACGCAAAGCAAAGAGCGCAAGAAGACAGAAGCCGGGAAGAAGGAGAAAGAGCACAAAAAGGGCAAAAGGCGCGAAAGGAAAGGAGGAACGGGAAAGCCGAAAAGAGGCGACGGCAAGAAGAGGGCAAAGCGAGAGAGGGGAGAGAACAGAACCGGCGGAAGGAAGCGCAGUCAGGGACGACAGGCAGCCAAAAGAAGGGAGAAAAGGGGAAACAGGCAAAAAACCCGCGGGAGAGAAAGCGGACGAGGCGACGAGCCAGCAGGGGCGAAAACCCCGCAAAAGGGGACGAAGGCGACGACGACGGGAAGCAAGAAAGGGCCAGGGGGAAAAGGGGAAAAAGGCAACAGAGCACAAGGAGACAAGGAGGGGGAAACAAAAGGAAGGCCCAGAAAAGGGGGCAAGGCCGAAGCAACACAAGGAGAGCGGGCAAGACAACAAUAAGGGGAAAGGGCAAAAAGGGGGAGCGCAAAGGAGAACCAACGAGGCGAGGGCAAGAAAACCGCAGAGGAAGAGGGGAAGAAGGCCGAGAAGGGGGGCGGGGAGAGGAGAGCCCGCAGAAGAAGAGGGGGCGCGGGAAGCAAACCAGGGACCAAGGCCAGAGGGGCGCGGGGCAGAGAAGCAAGCAACGAGCAGCGGCCCAACCCGCACCGAAGCAGGAGGCGAAAGGGCGGGAGGAGGAGAAAGGGGGAAGGGGGACAAAGCACCGACGCGGGGAGCAGGGGAGCGAGGGGGAGGGGAGGCCAAAAAGGACGAACACAAAAGGACCCAAACAAGGAGGGGACCGAAAAAAAGGAAGCGGGGGGCAGGAAGGGGGAGGGCGAGAGGGGGCGCGCGACAGAGGACCGGCAAGAAAGCGAGGCGAGGGGAGGGCAAAAGGAGCGAAGGACCAAAAGGAGGGGGCGGGGGAAACGAGCGAGAGGGAAGGACAAAAGGAACCGGCGCAAGGGGAAAAAGGGGCGACGAAGGGAGGACGGAGCGGAGGGCGAAGGAGGAAAAGGGAACGGGGGGAGGACAAGGCAAGGGGGCGACAAAGGAGAGCGCGGAGAAGGGACAAAGGCAAAGGGCAAGGCAAAGACGAAGCCACGAAAGAAGGCGGACGCGCCGGAGCAAGAAAGAAAAACAGGGAGGGGGAGGGGAGGACAACAAAAGAAGGCGGGAGGCGGGAGGGCAAAGAAGGCGAAGGAAGCGAGGGGGAAGGGCACAGAAGGCGAAAGCAGGGGAAGGGCAAAACCAGCAACAAGCGGGCCAAAAAGAAGGGAGGCGAAGGACGACCCAACAGGGGGGGCAAGAAAAGCAAAGAGGGGAGGCAGGCCAGAAAGGAAAACAAAGCAAAGCAGCAGGCAAAGCCAAAGCGCAAGAGGCAACAGCAAGACCCGGAAGGCGACGGCACAGGGAGGGAGGGGGCCAGGAGACCCAGGAAGGAGAAGGGGGAAGAAAGAGACGGGGGGGGGGGAGGAGGGGGAGGGACACAGGGACAAGAGGCAGCAAGAAAAAGGAGGAAGGCGGAGCAAAGGGGCCAGAGCGAGGGAAAGCGACGACAAGGCGAAAAAGACAGGAAGAGGCAACAAGGCGAACGAGCGAGGAACAGAGGGCGGAGGAGGAGGCAAGCGGACGGCAAGGCACAAGGAAGGGGACAGCAAGGAGGGCCGCACGAACGCCGCAACAAAAGGGGGAGCGGAAAGAAGAAAGCGAACACGCAAGGAAGCCGCACGAGGCAGAGAGCAGCCGCCGGACGACCAAAGAGAGGGGGGCAGAAGCAAGCAAGACGGCGGGCGAGACGCAAAAGCGAAGGCGAAGCCACAAGGCGGAGAACAAAACACCAGAGGAAGGAGGGAAAGGAGAAAACCCAAGCGCACCGAGGGGCAGACAGGGGGGGGGAAAGGGGGACGGGGAAGGGAAAGGCGCAAGGAAAGACGGGGGACGACGGGGACGAAGGAACAGGCGGGGAGAGGCAGCCACCAGCAAGGCGGAGAGAAGAGGCAACAAAGCAACCAGGGGGGAGAAGAAGCGAGGCACGGGGGGGGGAGGAAAAGCACGACAAAAAGGGCAAAAAGGGGAAGGGAAGCGGGAGGGAGGAAGGAGGGCGAACGAGAGGGGGAAGAGGGGGGGGCAGGAAGGAGAAGAAGCAAGGGAGAGGGGGACGCACCAAAGGGAGGCAAGAGCCAAGGGGAGACCCGAAAGAGCACGCACACCGACAACCGAAAGGGCACCAGAAGGCAAGAAAGGAACGCCAGGAGAGGAACCGAAGAGGCACCCGGCAACAAGGCACAACAAGGAAGCAACAAGGAGCCAACAAGAAGGAAACGCGGAGAAGCCAACAAGGGGCCAACCAAAGCGAAAAGGGCGAAGAAGGCACACACAGGACGGAGGCAGGGGAAAGCCAAGGGACGGAGGAAAGACGCGAGCAGCGACGAGGAACCAACAACAAGAGGCAAGGGGCGCAGGCGGGCGAGCACAACGGGAGCCAAAGAAAAGGGACGAAGCGGGAGCCGAGCCAAGGGGGAGAGAGGCCAGGCAAGAGGAAGGAGAGCAAGGCAAGCGCAACGACGGAGGGAAACGGGGGCCAAGACCAACGCACCAAAAGGGAAGGGCACGAAAGGGGGGGGAGGAACAAAGCAAACGAAGAGGGCGGCAGGGGGAGGAAGAAAGCAAGAGGAGGCGCGAAGGGGAGGCACAAGAAGAAGGCAGGGAGGGGGAGGAGACAGGCGCCCCGGCGCACGACGCGAAGCAAGCCGGAGAGGCCGAGCAGACGCAGCGCACAAGAAGGGCAGCGGAGAGCAAAGGGACGGAAAGAGCGCAGGCGGAAGGGCGGACGGGAGAAGAAGGGGACGGCGAACAACCACCCGGGGGGAGGGAAAAGACGGGGGGGAGCAAGGCGACAAAGGAAAGAAGGCAGGGGAGGGGGGAAAACAAGCGCCGCGAGCGGGGGACGACACCGGGGCAAGGGGCGGAAGGAGGGGGGAGGCACCAAAGGGCGAGGCGAGAAAACCGCGGGAGAAGGCAAGAAAAGAAGCACAGGGGAGGAGGACAAAGGGAGGGGGAGGAGAGGAGCGGGGAAGGACGGAGAAAGCGGGAGGGGAGAAAGGGGCGAAGCGCAGGCAGAACAGGGGCGAGAGGAGGAGGAGGGGAGAAGGAAAGGACGGGGGGGGACGGCAAG